GUGCGGGCCACCACUCCUCGCAUGAUGUCCUGGGGUGUUUGUGCGGCGAAGCACAUGAAUUUUGGCCGUCAUUAUUGAUAACGACCCACACUUUUGUAGAUUCAGUGGACCCAUGUUCAGGAUCAGUUGCGGGGCUAGCUUUAUGCAGCUUUCAGGUAGGUUUGCAGCGGCCGUAGUAUCGUUCUCUCUUUUUCGUCCUGUUGUUUCACAGCGAGUUUUCGUCAACACGUGGGUUCACUCAGCUUUUUUUCUGCAAGCCAACGGUCAGCCUAUCUACCAGUCGUCUGCCCCGAUCCUGCAUGCAAACUUGACUUCAUCCUUGUGUGUUGCCCCGGCAUUUAAUUCCGCGCACAGCCUAUCGUUGUCAUUCGUUGUAGUUUCUUUACUUAUUACCCUACGCGAGGGUGUGCGUCAAGGUUCCCAGCAUUCCAGCAUUCCUUCUUAUUCUGCUGGCGACUGUUUACUUCUCUCAUUCUUGUUCCUGUAACUGUGUUACUACGUCUUGUUGAACGUCAGCUUCAUCUUGACCUACAUUGCAACAUUAUGAUAUUUUGGCGUGUGAUAUCCGCGGCCCUAGUCCUUGGAUCCGCAUUUACUGCUCCAGCGUAAGUUGUCCCAAUUUAGAAA